UCUCUCUCUCUUCUUCAAGCUCGAAUUUUUCAAAGCAUUUACGUUCUUCAUUUGUAGGUAAAAAAUGGGAUUUGUUCGGAAUCCGAAUAUGAGAAGUGGGGAUUUCUUGGAAGGAAUGUUUAGUGAUUACGUCGGAGGAAAAGCAAAGGUUAAAGCUCCGAAAAGCGCCUCCACUCGGCUUGUCACGGCUCUCACCUGCCUGCAAUUCGUCUUUGCGGUGUAUGCUACGUUCCUUUUGUAUUACAUGAGUCCGGCGGUUGAUUUAAGGACGAAACCGGACUUUACUUGGGCCACAAGGAUCGCAAGGAACAUGAAACAGUUGAUUGUCACCCCGCACGUUCUCAGCCGGUACCAAGACGCCAGCUCUUCGCUCAUUGGAGCUGAAAUCCGUCCGAUUAUGCCCUCCGAUGUUUGCGAGCACGAGAAGAUUGAUUUCUUGCAGAAGCAAUCAAACGAUGCUCAAAUGAUCAAGCUGAAGAGAGAGUUGUACGAUGAGGUACUGGAUUUCCAGAGCAAGACCAUCGGUACCGAAACUCUAGCCGAGCUAAUGGCAAUGAAAUCGAGGUGGGAUAUUCACGGUGUAACACCACCGAAAGUGACGGUGCUGCUGAACCAUUUCAAGAGGAAAACACUCUGUUCACAGCUUGAUUCUUUGCUGCAACAGACGCUUCCAUUCCAUCAGGUUUGGGUACUGUCAUUCGGGAGCCCGAAUGAGCAGUCUCUAAAACAAAUCGUCGACAGCUACAACGAUUCGAGGAUCAGCUUCAUCAGUUCGAGCUACGAUUUCAAGUACUACGGCAGGUUCCAAAUGGCUUUACAAACAGAAGCCGAUCUCGUAUACAUCCUCGACGACGACAUGAUUCCCGGGAAGAAAAUGCUACAGAUUUUAUCCCAUGUAGCAGGGACCGACAAGUACAAGAACUCGGUUUUGGGAAGCAUAGGCAGGAUCCUACCUUUCAGACAAAAGGAUUUCACAUUCCCAAGCUAUAGGAAAUUCAGAUCGAAAGAGGCUGGACUUUACUUACCCGACCCUGCCUACGAUAUCACCAUCGAUAAAAUCGUGCAGGUCGACUUCCUUUCGAGCUCUUGGUUCUUAUCUGCUGAGCUUGUCAAGACACUUUUCAUUGAAACGCCUUUCACUUUCAUGACUGGUGAAGAUCUUCACCUUAGCUAUCAGCUUCAAAAGUACAGAAAUGCAGGCUCAUUUGUACUUCCAGUUGACCCAACUGACAAGGAAACUUGGGGUGAUAGUGAACAUAGGCUUGCAUAUGUCGCAGAAACCACUGUGAUCUUCAAGGACAUUGUCCAAGUAAGGGAUGAUCAAUGGUGGAGGGCAUUAACUACUGGUUAUGUGACUCAGUGGGCUGCAAUGAAUUCUCAAAAGAUUGAUGCUCUCUUUUAUGCUCACUCGGUCGAUGAGGUUAAGGCACUUGCACCAUUGCUCGAAAAGUUCAGGUCCACUUUUGGGAAGAAGGCUUACAUUGUAGUCUCUGGGGACGAUUUCUGCCCUUGUGAAGAUGCUGCUGCAGCUCUGAAAUGGCCGAAGCUGGUUUGUAAAGAGAGAAGGUUUAAGAUUUUCGAUUUGCAUAUGGGAGCGAUUUCGGGAACAUCGAACUCCGAGGUCCCGGUUCUGCAAGCGGUGUACUCUAGCAUGAGAGGGCUGAUAAAAAUGCAUAACCCCAGUGUGGUGAUCACAUUGGCAGACAUUGAUUCCAAUGUGAAGAAAGCCUUGAAAAUGGCAUCCGAGACAAAUGCAAACGGUACUGCACUGGUCCUUUUACCUAGAUCUUCGGUCUCAAAGGUUCUAUGGAUGGCUGAUCUAAGAUCAACUGCAUUACCGAAUUGGAACCGGAUGAGGAUAUCUAUCAACAUAAUUACUCAAAACCGGGCUCAAUCAUUAACAAGGCUUCUUAAAUCUCUGAGUGAUGCAUACUAUAUCGGAGAUGAGAUUCCUAUCAGCUUCAACAUGGAUAGCAAAGUGGAUGCGGAAACCAUUAACCUUGUAGAUUCAUUUGAGUGGCCUCAUGGUCCUAAAACUUUGAGAAGGAGGAUCAUUCAAGGGGGGCUAAUUCGAGCAGUUAGCGAGAGUUGGUACCCUGCAUCUGAUGAUGACUACGGUCUACUUCUUGAGGACGAUAUCGAAGUCUCCCCAUACUAUUACCUUUGGAUUAAAUAUGCUCUAUUAGCAUACCAUUACGACCCUCAAAUCUCCCUCCCCGAACUAUCGUCGAUCUCUCUUUACACUCCUCGAUUAAUCGAAGUCAUGAAGGAAAGACCGAAAUGGAAUCCGACUGAGUUCUUCAAGCGCAUUCACCCGAACACACCGUACCUCCACCAGCUACCUUGUAGUUGGGGUGCAGUUUUCUUCCCCAAGCUUUGGCGGGAAUUCUAUGUUUAUAUGAACAUGAGAUUCACCGAAGAUGCAAAAGCAAACCCAGUUCAAAUCCCAAAGUCUAGAACAAAUGGUUGGCAAGCUUCAUGGAAGAAGUUUCUCAUUGACAUGAUGUAUCUCAGAGGAUACGUUAGCCUUUACCCCAAUUUCCCAAACCAAGCUAGCUUUUCGACGAACCAUAUGGAACCGGGGGCUCACAUAAGUGCAAAGGACAAUGUUGUAAGGCACGACAAGACGGAUUUCGAAGUCCCAUUGUUGAUGGAAGAUUUUAGGCCAUUGUUGCCAAAUGGGAAGUUACCACCGGCUUCGAAGCUGCCAUCACUUAACCUUUUCAACCAACCUGUUUCAUUGAAAGGGCUUAAAACAGCCGGAGCCAAGUUGGGUCAAGAUGUUUUACGAUGUGACAAUGCGACGGAAAUCGUGACGGUCGAUAACGUGACCGGUCUGCCACAGCGAUGCUCAAAGUUCAUUUGAUCGAAAAUCGUUAGUUAUUCGGUUAUUCUUUUUCAGAAAAAUGA